GGCCGGGGCGAGGGGUGCCGGGUGGUUUCCGCCCGGCAGCCCGCAGCCCGCCGCGCUCCGGGCAGCGUCUCCCGGCGGUGGGAGGGGGCGGCCUCCACUCGGUUCCCGGCCCCUCGCAGCCCCGUCAGCCUCCCGCUCGGGGUGCGCCGCCCUUCGUCUGGGUCUCCGCCCCCAGGACCCGCGGCCGCGAGCUCCCGAGCGCGGCUUCCUUGGCCGGCUGCGCUAUGGGCUGCGGGAACUCCACCGCCACCAGCGCGGGCGCGGGCCGAGGCCCUGCAGGAGCAGCCAAAGAUGUAACAGAAGAAUCCAUAACAGAAGAUGACAAGAGGAGAAACUAUGGAGGAGUAUAUGUUGGCCUACCAACUGAAGCUGUCAAUAUGGUGUCCAGUCAAACAAAGACAGUUCAGAAAAAUUAGAAGAAAGUAACAUCAUGACUCAAGAAUCAAGAGGUGCUGUAUAUUUUUCUAAAUAAUUCUAUAUAUUUAGACUUGUUGAUGAAUGGACUGUAGAUAUUAUUUGCUCUAUAAAAAAUUUCUAAGAAAUCUUGAACUUUACAAUUUAAAGGAGGGGGUUUCAUCCUAUGGAACUGAGUGUGUUUUAUUGCAAAGAGGUGAAUAAUCAGAUCAAUUUUCUUUCAGCUACUUUUUUUCAUUUCAUUUUGUUAAAAAUGAAUAUUUAUUUAAUAAGAGCAAGCUAAGUGUCUGCCUAAAACAUUGAGAUCUCACCCUUCUUCACUGCAGAAAUCUUUGAGGGCCUAGGACUUGAGAAAUGACAGGGAGAGACCAGAGAGGCUAGAACUGGGAAUUAGAUUAGAAUCGAUUUUAAGUGGUAUUAGCCAGUGGUUAAUAUACAGAGAGGAGAUGUGUCAGUACCAGAACUCCAGCAGAGAUGGGUAGUCGAUCAAUUAAGUCCCAAACAUUUAAUAUUGAUUCUAAUCUAACUGAACAGAGAUGUAGUUAUGCAGGAAGGAAUAGUAAGAAUCAGAGAAUAAGUUAACAGAUUGGUUUUACAAAACACAUUCAGUAUGGACAUGGCGAAGAGCUAGGAGUUAGAAUUAUAAUAAGACAACAAGAACAAGGACAAGAGAAAAAUAGCUUUCAUUUAUUAACUACCCUGCAUACCAGUCUCUAAAAGACAUGGAGCAGCGUUACCAUACAGACAAAGGAUCUUAGUUCACUGGGUCCACCAAGGGUCCAACAACACAUUCCAUGCUGGGCUCCCCACUGUAUUUCACUCUUGGUGAAUGACACCUAACCUCUUUUGAAGCCUCCAGUGAUUAGGAAUGUCCUAUCUCCUGAGAUAGCCUAUUCCUAUUCUGGAAGUCAGGCUGCCUUGGUUUUGAGUUCAGGCUCUCAUUUACUAGCUGGGCAAGUUCCUUCCCCUUUAUGACCUCAGUUUUGUUAUCUGAAAAAUGGAGCCAAUACUUAGACUGAAGAGUUGUUGUUAAGAUUAAAUAUGAAAUAAAUGUUAGCAUCUGCUAUCAACAUCGUCAUCACCACUAUACUAUUAAUUUUUUAAAUAACCAGAAUCUAACCGUUGGCAGACCAAAAGCAAGACUGAUUUGAUACUGAACCAACUUCUUGCCCGGGGCCAGUACUGGAUUUGCUAUUUGGGAUGGGGUGUGAUUACAGACUAAUUUCACAGGUAGAGACAAACAAACUUACCUGCUAGAAAAAGGAGACGCAGAAACUGUAACCAGUUUCUUCCUGACAAGAACUAGAACAAUCUUUGGGUAGCUACUUCUUUGAAGAUUUGCUCAUCAAGGCAGCAUUUUGGAGUUUUAUCCCCUCGUACCCAUGAACAGAGGGUAUUCGGUUUCUUUUUGGGAAGUCACUGGAGUGUUUCUAUUUCUAGUAUUUUUAACAUAGUUCUAGCCCUCUGUAUAGAUUUCUUAGUUCUCUGCUAGUUUUCUCUGUGCAGAAGUACUUUUAUUAUUUGUAUCAAAUAGAAAAGAUAAGUUGAAACCAAGAAUAUACUGCUGUUUACCCUCCUGGAAACAGAAUGUAUUUCAAAAAGCAUAGGAAUAGAGUGGAAAGAGGUGCUGUCUAGAUAGCUAUCAGGAGACUGGGCAGCACCGCUACCAACACAGACCUAAGAUGAGUCCCUCAACUUCCCUCAGCUUGUCUCAACCACAAUUUUCUCAUGGGAGUGUUAGACACGAUGAUUGCUCACCCUUGUGGGUGGAUCUGAAGUUCGCCACUAACACUUUAGCAAUAAUCCUGGUGAGCAAGCUCAUAUAACUUUAGGCAGCUAGCUAAAACAUUUCUUACUGUUGAUGGCUGUAAAUUUAUAGUAUUUUAUUGCCGCCCCUCUCUCUCCUCAACUUUCCCCAUUCUUUAACUUUCUUUUUUUUUCUAUUAUGCUUACAUUUUAUUUAUUUACUUAUUUUUAUUUUUAUUUUACUUUAAGUUCUGGGAUACAUGUGCCGAACGUGCAGGCUUGUUACAUAGGUAAACAUGUGCCAUGGUGGUUUGCUGCACCUAUCAACCCGUCUUCUAGGUUUUAAGCCCCGCAUGCAUUAGGUAUUUGUCCUAAUGCUCUCCCUCCCCUUUCCCCCAACCCCCGAACAGGCCCCGCUGUGUGAUGUUCCCCUGCCUGUGUGCAUGUAUUCUCAUUGUUCAGCUCCCACUUAUGAGUGAGAACAUGUGGUGUUUAGCUGUCUCUGAACAAUUAGUUUGAUCCUGGUCUUUCCGUAGCCUCCUUUGAAUUAUCUGAAAAGUUUUCUAAGUUGAUAGGCUGCCCAUUUUCCUUAGAUGCUAAGCAUCCGUUGUGGUCCUUAUCUGUGACAUGUCUGAACUCAUGGCUUUCUAGGCCUUAGUUGUUGGGCAGAAACCCUGAUGAGACGACUUUAGAAAAGAGAUGUUUCAUGGAAAGGAUUGGAGACACUUUUGUUGUUGUUGUUGUUUGUUUGUUUUUUACCUAACAUGUAGACUCUCUCUGAACUAAAUGCACUCAGUGACCAAAGUUCAAAGUUGAUUUGGUUUGGUUGAUUUUGGAACAACUUGAGGAAUGAUUUCAGAAUCCCUUAAAAUUACUUAUGUCAGGAUGCAAAUGUGUAGUUUCUUCUGCGGAUGACCCUAGGGUGAAAGUUAUGCCCACUUAGAUGUGCAGAGUACUUCCAGCACAGAGGGGCUUAAGUGAUGGUGCUCAGAUGACAAUGGAUGGCCUGGCUGCGUCAGAAUCCCGUGGGGGAGUGCCAUGUAAUGUGGAGGCCUAGGCUCUCCCAGGAGGUUUGGACCAAGUGGGGAAGGGAUGGAAUUGUGACCGAACAGUCUCUAUUUUUAAUUUGGAUGAUGUUAAUAUACAUGCAGCUAGGUUUGGGCAUUGCUUAUCAAGAUGUAUUUUAAUUGUAAGUUUGUAAGUCUCUUUUCCUACUCAACUUUGCCUCGUUAUAUAAUUAUCAUCAGUGCUUAGCUCUACACUGGCCACGUAAGUCUUAAAUUAAUAUUGGGUGAAUAUUAAAUAGGUGCUUUACUUAAAAGAAAGUCAGUAAAUAACUUGUAGGCUUAAGGCUAAUACAUUUUUUAACCUGAGUUUUACCUGUUUGCUCACUCUUUUCUCCUCUUCUGUUGUCUCCUUAGCUCGCUCAUCAAUUUGGAAGGAAUUUGGCUCCGUGGGACAUUGUAAUGUGCACAGACAUUUCCAAGGAAAUUCUAAACAGUCACCCUUCCCUUUUGCAUUCCCCCAAAUCUUAAGUGUAUACAUAAAACCCUGGGUACAUAUGGUUGUGGUAAUAGAAGGGAAUUGGUUAAACAGUACACUUGUUUAUGGAACUUUCUGUGGCCGCCUACGAAAGACAAGUUAACAAACUGUCAUGGAGGCUGUUGUUGCCCAGCCAGGGCCGCUGCAUUUUGACAACAUUUCCACCCUGGCCACUCAGCACAUUUCAUGGAGGUCAUGUCUUUUCAUUGAUACUUUUUUGAUAGUUUUUAUAUAACAAAAUCUUUAUUCUAUUUAUAACUUAAGAUGAUAAAGCACUAUAAAUUAAUGACCUAAAAUAAUAUAUUUGUCUGUUAUCUUUCGCUAUUUCUACUUCACUUUAGUUUUUAGCUGUAAAAUUGGUAAACGGAUUCUUACAACUAUCUCUUUCCAUUUUUUACUAUUUGGUUUUCAAAUUUCAUUUAAAUGUCAGAAUUUCCUUUUUAGGAACAAUGUGUAUUUCAUUGCAAUAUUUAAAAAUAAACUCAAAUUUGCAUGCCGUA